AUGAUGAAAGCAAAACCCAAUCUCCCUUGGGUAGAAAAGUAUCGACCAAAUACUUUAGAUGAUUUGAUCUCACAUGAAGACAUUAUCCAAACAAUUGGUAAAUUCAUUAAAGAAGAUCAGUUACCUCAUUUAUUAUUUUAUGGACCUCCGGGGACUGGAAAAACUAGUACGAUAUUAGCAUGUGCCAAGCAAUUAUAUACUCCAGCACAGUUUCGUUCAAUGGUUCUUGAAUUGAACGCUUCUGAUGACAGAGGAAUUAAUGUUGUCAGAGGACAAGUUUUGAACUUUGCAUCAACCAGAACAAUUUUCAAAUCAGGUUUCAAAUUGAUUAUUUUGGAUGAAGCUGAUGCUAUGACUAAUGAUGCCCAAAAUGCUCUAAGAAGAAUUAUUGAAAAGUUUACUGACAAUGUUCGUUUUUGCUUAAUUUGCAAUUACUUAAGUAAAAUAAUUCCCGCAUUACAGUCUCGGUGUACACGCUUUCGAUUUGGUCCACUUGAUUCUAAACAGAUCAUGCCUAGACUUGAAUAUGUUGUUGAACAAGAAAAAGUGAAAGUAACUGAAGAUGGUAAAAAAGCAUUGAUAGAUUUGGCACAAGGAGAUAUGCGAAAAGUUCUUAACAUAUUACAAAGUGCUGCUACUGCAUUUCCAGAAGUAAACGAAGAUUCCGUAUAUACAUGUGUUGGUCAUCCACUAAAAAGUGACAUUAUGAAUAUUUUAAAAUGGUUGUUAAAUGAUGACUUUUCUACUACCUUCAAAAAAAUUCAAGAAUUGAAAAUUCAGAAAGGUUUGGCUUUACAAGACAUAUUAACGGAGUUGCACACAUUUUUAUAUAGAUUGGAUUUACCACCAGAUUCUCUCAUUGAAAUACUAACUGAAAUGGCUGAUAUUGAAAUACGUCUCAAUGGUGGAACAAGUGAAAAAAUACAUCUUGGUAGUUUAAUCAGUGCUUUCCAUAUGAUAAGAUCAAAAUUAAAACCCGCUGAUGAUUGA